UAGUGAGAGUGAGACUGUCCAGUGUCCACGCGGAUGGAAUGUAGAGAGAUCGAUACUAAUAGUUUUGAAUGCAACAGCGUAUAUACUAUACAUGUAACAAAGUGGACUCAAAUACCCAACAGACAUCGCCAGCUGAUGCUGGUCAAAUGCAAUUCGAGAUUAUGCAGCAGGAACAGCGAGCUCUAACCCCCUCCAGGACCAUUAAACUCCCAAGCCACGCGCCCAUCGCUCCAUUUUUCUGCUGCGUCUGAAGCCGCGUGCCAUUCGAGAUGGAGGAAAAGUCUAACAAGCCUAUAACCAGAAAUGGGAGUCGUCCAACGCCUUCUGGGAUUCGGCGGGCGAUUUGAAAGGAGAACAGCAGUGACCAGCUCGUCAUUAUCGUCAUCUUCCUCCUCCUCCUCAUCAUUCUACAAGUCCUACAUGUCUUCUGUACUGUUUCUUACAGCCCUGCAGGGUUUCUGGAUGCCCUGGAUUCUCAUUCAUCAUCAGCCUCAAGGGGCUUCAGCUGUUUCGUGGGAAGAUUGGUGGACCUACGAAGGCAUCUCAGGACCGGCAUUUUGGGGUCUGAUCAAUCCGGAAUGGUCCAUGUGCAACCGCGGUCGCCGCCAGUCUCCCAUCAACAUCGAGCCGUCUCAGCUGCUCUUCGAUCCCAAUCUGCGGCCGCUUCACAUCGACAAGAACGCGGUGGCGGGCUAUUUGAGCAACAUGGGCCAGGGAUUGAUCUUCACGGUGGACAAUAGUAGUAAGCCGAGCAUCAACUUGACAGGAGGACCGCUUUCAUAUAAAUAUGAGUGGCACCAGAUGGCGCUGCACUUUGGACUCAAUAAUCAGUCGGGAUCGGAGCACAUGAUCGCCGGCCGGGCCUUUCCCGCUGAACUGCAAGUUUUUGGAUUCAACACUCAACUUUACAGCACUUACAGCGAAGCGCUCGAGUCGCCGCACGGCAUCGUUGCACUCUCCGUUCUCAUCCAGAUCGGAGAUGCAUCGCUACAGACGAACGAAUUUCGGCUCUUGAUGGAACACAUAACAAAAAUCGAGCGACCUGGUCCGACAAAGAUGAAGCGAGGAUUGCUCCAACCGGGCCAAGAGCGGCCCAUGCCGGCGCUGAGUCUCAAAAUGCUCUUACCACCGACAGAUUACUACAUCACGUACGAAGGGUCAGCCACGACUCCGGCGUGCCAAGAAACAUCCACAUGGAUCGUGUUCAAUCGGCCUCUUUACAUCACGGAACAACAGUUGUACGCCUUGAGGGGCUUGAAGCGGGGUUCGCCCAAUCCCAAUCACAACCAGAUCAAAUCUUCAUCUUUUUCUUCGCCGUCCUUGUCUGUGACUGGCGAUCCCAUGGGCAACAAUUACCGCCCCAUCCAACCCACUCAUCAUCGACCCGUUCGCACUAAUAUUGACUUCACUUCAUCAGAGCGAGGGGAAAAGGCCUGCGCCACGAUGCACCGAGACAUGCACUACCGAGCCAACACUUUCUGGCAACCGUGAUGCCUUGUAUCGUCUGGCGGGAACUUUAUCGUCGUGUAAAAAAAAGGGGGAAAGAAAAAUUACCAUCUAAUUUGAAGUCAACUGGCUUCAUCAACCCUUCAUUGUUCGGUCGUUAUGUCAUUAUCAUCGCAUCUUCCACUUGGAAUCAUUCACACAAGCAGAAAAUAAGCAUUGAACAUCGUCGUUGAUCUUUAAUACUCCUUAUUAUUUUAUUUUUAUUUUUUUUUUCACUUCACCUACUUCCUCUUAUUUGUUAUUGGUUUAGUGUGUGUUGAUUGGGGGAACCGUUGAUGAGUUGGGGCGUUUCUUUCGGUGACGAUGCUUUCAAUUUAUUUCUACUCAAAAGGUGCUGUGUACAUAUAGACAAUAAUUUUACGAUCUAGAGGUCGUGUGGUGAGGCAAGUAUAGACGACCUAAACAAUGGCGUCAAAUUAUCACGUUAUCUUGUGUAGCGCAUCCGCAUCCAUUGUAUUGUCCAUAUAUCUCCGUUCGGGAAUUUUCGCGUGAGUUCACCGUACGUUUUUUGGGAUGUCUCUAAUACAAAAUGAAACACUCAAAAACCAAA